AGCAGCAAGCGAGCAGUAUCUCGCGUUCGGAAAGAGGGGCGGUAGACAGAGACAGACACACGCGGCCACCGGCGAUGCUGUCGGCGCGGAGCCUGCGGAAGGCGUCCGUCCCGCCGUCCCUCCUCUCCGACCCCUCGCCCGGCUGCCUCCAGCCCACGCGCCUCGCCGUCCACGUCAAUGGCGACGGAGGCUCCUGCUCCGCCUACUUCGGCUCCGGUUGCCGCGUCUACAAGAUCGAGAUAUCCAUGCAAGAGGAGAUGCUGUCCAAAGGAAAAGAGAGCCUGUUGAUUCCUAUCAGUGCACAGGUCAUAAGCUCGUCGGUUGUGGACCGCUGCCCGCAUCGUUCAGAGAUUCAGAGUGUAGUUCUGGCUGAGAGUGAAGGUGAUAGCUGCUUGAUUUUGGGAACUGUCGACUCUUAUGGUCACUUCAUUGUAUCCCGUUUGGACACUGUGGCUGAGGACAUCGACAGGGCGUCCUAUUCAGUACCACCUCGUGAUAGCGGUGUCGGAGAAGGAAGUUGGGCUGGGUUGUGUUUUAGUCCAACACACCAAUCCACGGUAGCAAUUGCUCGUGGAUUGUGUAAGAGCAUUGAUAUCUAUGAUCAAGAUAUUCAUAUUCGGAGUUUACGUACGUUAUGGUACCCAUCUUCAGUAAAAUUUGCUCAAUGCUUUCCUCAAGGGAGUGAAAGUAGUUCAAUAUUGGCAAUUACUGAAGGUCCUCAGCUGAGCAUCUGGGACUUCAGAAUGCAUAACAAUGGUGGAUGUGUACAACGCAUUUCUGGUCCUAUUGGAGGCAUAUUAUACACUGUCUGUACCUCUCCUUCAGGAUUGAUUGCUAUUGGUGGAACUGAUCGUGCUGUCACAAUCUAUGAUCCUCGCAGGUGGUCGGCCUUAUCAAGAUGGGUGGGCUGCUCCAAGUAUGAGAUUACUGGUCUUUCGUUUUCGUCAGUGGACCAAUCCUUCAUGUACGUCCAAGGUGUUGAUUAUGAGAUUACUUGUGGACGCUGGAGAGAAAGCGAGCGCACAUUCUCAUUUCGAGGUGAUUCGAACUGGCUGGGCUUUUCAAAGUGUGCGAAUACGGAUGUGGUUGCUGGGUGGUGCGAGUCUGGAAGUAUCUUCGUUGCCGAUGUUAGGCAGAAUCUUCUCUCAGUAAUUGGGGUUUAGGACGUUGAGAGUGUGCAAGCAUCUUUUGAUCAUACAUCCAAGAAUGAUUUGUGUAUUCUGCCCCAUUCUUAUAUACCAUGUUGAGCACUAUGAAUGACGUGCAAACUCUAAUUUCCAGGCCAACCUGUAUCAUGUAGUGGUUAGCCUUGGGGGCGGAAGUUUCUUGUUGGUUCAUGUAUCAUCAGUGUUAUGAUAAUAAGCUUUGCUGGCUUACAAUACAAUGCUAAAUUUGAGUA